AGCAAGUACAAAAUUUAGAUCGCUUUAUGAAAUGCAAUAAUUGAAUCGCACGUGUGUUGGCUCAAGCAAGGAACAGCAGGAGGACAAGACAAAUGAGUCACACCUGGAAUCCGUAAGGUCCCAAAGGAAGUACACGUCAUGAGUAUUUACCUUGGCGAAGGCGGUAAAGGUGUAUAUAAUUGGUUGGGGAGGGUCCUGUUAAGUAUUCGGAGGGAGUCAUUAUCGCAUCGCGCUUGGUGCUCCGUGCGCCACUCAUCCCCUGGCAACUCUCGCACUCUCACGCCGCCUCAUGGAUCCAAUGUAGGAAAAGAUAUUGCCUCAGAACUCCAUAAUCUUCAAGAUUAAAAUUUAGGAGACACAGAAUCUCGCAGUGAGCUUCAAGAUGAAGAUUGAGAGGAAUAUUAAGAAAGUGUGUUUGUUUUUAUUGUGUUCAAUGGUGGGGAGAGUGUGUCCGGGACCGACUAGCGAAGACUCUGCUGUGACUUUCGACCGUCUUUGGAAGGAAGACAAAAGCGUUAACAAGCCUUCAACUUUUAUCAGAUUUCUUCCAACAUUUCUCCUUAGCGGCGGAGCGAGGACAGGAAGCGACAAUGACGAUAAUAUUGGAGCGACAAACAAAGAACAUGCAGUCAAAGGUGGAGACAUCGAUGAGGAUACACAUAUCCUGAAGCAAAUGGUGAUUGAGAAAGCCUUAGGAAUCAAAGGACGUUCUUCUCAAGAGGAAGAUGUGGCCACCGUCUGUGACGAGCUCGUUACCAAUGAAGAGUUUUACCUUCACUCUCCAGGAUAUCCAGAAAAUUAUCCUCCAAAUAUGACCUGCAGAUACGAGAUCCUCCGCCGCCACCCGAAUGUGUGCGGCGUGGUGUUUACUGUACUACGUCUCGACCUAGCCGCUCCUUCUGACUUUCCCUUUAACCAAACUCAUCAUAGGGACGAUAAGGAUAGGCAUGGUGUAUGCCCCGGCGACAGCCUGGUUAUCAACAACGUGGUGUACUGUGGUAGAUACCAGCGUGGCAAGACAGCCACUUUUGCAUUCACUUCGUCGCUGAUGACAGUGGAGUUCAGAAGCGGAGCGGGUCACGGGGCUUCAGGCUUCCUGCUGCAGGGACGGCAGGUGUCCACGUGCCGCCAGCCUCGCAGCCUGGGUCCACCUCUGAUAUCCUCCAUACCCUGCAACAGGAGGGUGGAGGGUGCCAGCUUCGUGGUGAUGUCACCGGGUUAUCCAGAACAGUACUCACACAACCUGGAAUGUCGCUACACGAUUGUGCGAUCUGGCCCUCAUGUAUGCGGUCUGCAGCUGGUUGUGCAAGGCUUCAUUGUGGAGGACGGCAGCUGCAUGUUUGACUAUCUAGAGGUGCAAGGCCAGCGACUGUGCGGCACUCUGCCUCCUGGCUUUACUCGUCACUUUAACUUCGAGGGUGAUGAGGUCGUAAUCCGUUUUCGAUCUGAUGAAUCGACCAAGAGACCUGGCUUUGUGAUUAGAGGACAGCAGACACCAUGCAUGGAGUCUCCUCCAGUCCAGGCCUCCCUCAGCCAGUCCCCCCCAGGCAGAGUAGAAAAUCAACAAAAGUCCACGUCUUCACAAACAACCACACAGUCACAGAGCACCUCGUCACCAUCUCUCAGUAUCAAUACAACCACUGCGAACCAGACAGAUGCCCAUAUUAAUUACAUCCUUUCUAUCUUAGAUCGCCAACCACACCAAACAGGAAGAGAAGACGGGAUAGAAGGUCGAAACAUAUCUGACGAGGAUUUCACUGAAGUAGACUUGGGGCUGGUGACGUUUAGAGAACCUGAUGACGAUCAUACAAAUGCCGACCAAAACAUACCUGGCUCUCCGGAUUUUAAUCCCUUCACAACAGAAGGUCUUACGCCGACGGUCCCAACAACCUCAACAGAUUUAUUUAGCAUACCAACAGACUUUCCAACCAAUCCAACUGACUUCUCGACCAUACCGACAGAAUUUUCAACUAUCCCAACAGAUUUUUCGACUGGCCUCACAGAUUUUCCGACAACUGUGAACUUUCCAUCGACAAGCAGCUUCCCAACAUUGACUAGUGAUUGUGAUCGACUGAUAACUGCCGUCACUACUGACAUCGAGAGCCCUAACUAUCCUAAUAAUUACCCAGUGUCGAAGCAGUGCGCCUACGUGGUGGGCAGAGCGUCCGAGAACGUGUGCAGGCUUGAGGUGAAUUUCCUGAGUGUGGACCUUCCCUCCCAGGACCCCGUAACCAAUGAGUGUAUUGGAGACUAUGUGAACGUGGACGGCACCAAGUUUUGUGGGACCUUCCAGAACCGCAUUGUAACAAUUAACUUCCCUGAUCAGACCGUCACGUUGUCUUUCUUCUCGGAUGCCUCAGUCACAGGCCGUGGGUUUAAGUUAAGGGUAACACAGUUGAGCAAUGGAUGUGGCGGCCCCGUGCAGCCUCCUAUCCCUCCGGGGCAGUGUGAUGCCACCUCCCAGCAGCCUGCCUUCCUUUUGCUCAGUCCGGGUUACCCUGUGCGUUACCCACCCUCGACUGAGUGUAUCACCACCGUCCUCCGCUCCUCCCCGGACGUCAACAGUUUGGUCCUGGAGUUGGUUGAUUUCGAACUGGGAACCACGCUUGGGUGCAGCGGAGACUACCUGGAGGUGGGGGGAGAGCGAUUGUGUGGACUGCUUACCGGCCAAACCAGAACUGUUCCUUUUGUGGGGAACUCUGUCACCAUAAAGUUUCACUCAGAGGCUAAUCUUGGCGUUGGCGGGCGUGGUUACCGCAUCAGAGUAAGUCAGUCCAGCACCUCUAUCAUACCCAACGGAUGUGGCAGCUUGGUGACCACUCCCACCGCUUCUCUCCAGUCACCCAACUACCCUAACUCUUACCCACCAAACAUCGACUGUCGUUACGUCAUCAACAAAGUCUCGCAUGAUAUAUGCCAGUUGCAACUAAAGAUUUUGGACAUGGAUAUAGAAAACGGUGUGGGAUGUGGGCGAGACUAUCUUCAGGUGGCCGUACAGGAACGUUUAUGUGGACGGAGAAUCCCUGGUGAAAUUCGCAAGUAUCACUUCACCAACAGACAGAUGAGUCUUCUCUUCCAUUCCGAUGUAUUCGGAUCAGGCCGGGGAUUCAGGAUUGAAAUACGUCAAGUCAGCUGUGGACAUUUUAAGCCUAUGUAUCCUUAUUAUCCAACCCACCGACCUCACCAUCACCACAACUACGGUCACCACCAUCACCAUCACAACCACGGAACCAAGAAGCCUAUCUACACUCAUCACCAUCGUCCAUGGUGGAACCACAACCCUCACUGGCGCCCCCGUUAUCCCAGCCACCAACACAGCAGCUCGUAUACACAGCAAACCACACUUUGUCCUUACUUUCCUUCCGUCACGUCUCAGUGGCCUCAUACGACUCCUCGCCCGACAUUUCCUCCUCCAACUACUAUUACAACUUUACCAACCAUUAUUCCAUCGUCGACUAUCCCCACUAUACCUACUGUUACUCCUGUGCGUUUUAUUCCCCAACCAAUCCCUGCAAUCGAUGCUUCCUCUUUUCGCUCAGAUAUUAAUAGCACGAACGAAGAAAGUGACAGAGAUGCCAAAAGAGUGCCAAUUUCGAGCAAUGACAGUCUGUGUCAACAGGUGGUGGACUCUGAUCACUUUAUUCUGCAGAGUCCUGGCUAUCCAGCGCCUUAUUACACCAACGCUCGCUGCUUUUACUCCAUCGUCAGAGGAAGCGAUAUGGCAUGUGGAGUGGAGCUGACCGUUGAUGAAUUUGACAUAGAGAGAAGCCCGAACUGCGGAGAGGCGUACCUAGAACUGGCAGGACGUCGUUACUGUGGUUCUUUAGACCAUGACGUUCAGAGUGUAAUACCCUUCAAUGCAACGCAGCCCAUCGUCCUCAAGUUUGUAGCGGGGCAAUACAGCAGCAGCAACGGGUUCAGUCUGCGAGGACGCCGGAUUUCAUGUUCUAAAACAAAAGGUACGGACUCCCGGACAGCUGAAGUGGUAGAACAGGGGCAGCAUCGUCCACAGAGCAGUGGAGAAGGGUCCCACAAAAACAAGGGGGUUACAUUGUCGAGGACAGACGAAGCAGGAGAAGCAGAGUGGCUGAACCGUUUCGUGGAAGACGGAGACAUGGUGCUGCUUUGGGUGGGUCCAGGAGGUCCCGUAUCUAGCCCGCUGGUAGACAAGCGAAGAUUGGUGCAGGUUCCUUCCUGAUUAAUGGUAACAUAUUCUCAGAAAAUAAACAAUAAAUCUGAGAAGCAGUACAUGCAUAUGUACAUGAAGUGAAUGAUCGCAAUACUUUUACAAAUUAUUGAAGUUCCGCCAAAGGAAGGAGAGAAAAAGAUACUUUUCUUUUUUUUACUCUGUAGUUUCUCUUUCUAAAGAUGAUAGCAUUUUAACAAACCAGGCAUCCUUCUAAGCACCUUUGGAUGCACUUUUUUUCUUCCAGGGUUAUGUUUUGUUUGUUUUUUACUUUCUUUAAUUGCCAUUUGCCAUAAUGUGAGUGCAACAUAAAUUAAAUUAGAGUAUACUUUUUUUUUUUUUAUCUUUGUUACCUACUGGGAUAUAGUAGUGAUGUAAGUUCAGUGUACAUGUAUAGCUGCAUUCUGUAAGCCGAGGCUCUUAGGAUACAACCUGAGUAUGGAGUUAAUGAUGUCACACAUACGGAGGACUCGAUGAUGAGAUACUUCUACCAUCGUAGAACCAAAUUUAAAUAAACUGUCUUAAGUGGA